CAUAUGUGCUGUCUAUAUAAUUAACUAACACUAUAUAUUUAUGUACAUUUUACGAAAUAAUUUUUCAUUAACGCUUCGGCGUGCUCCUCUUUGGGGAGUGUCGCCUCUGGAAUCUCAUAUAUCUAUCCGUAGGUUCUCAACAGGCGCGACUGCCAAGAGGCGUGGAUAUAACAAUGGCUUGGUCGCUACUAGGUUACGUAAAUAUCGCAAUCUUUCUACAUCUACAUCUAAAUGUUCUUCUAAUAAAUUAGGGUCGAAUGACGCAUCAUCUGGAGUUGCUGAUGACGCGGAUCUUCCUUCCGCUGAGGAUUCCACCUCUAUUAGCUCAACCACGUUUGUCAAGUUGCUCACAUCAGUAAAUGAUGAUAAUAUGGGUCUCGUGAUGUCAUUAAAGAAGUUGAAGGAUGAGUUACAGUAUGAAGGCACAAGAUCAUAUCCGUUUCGUGCUAGAGACUUGCCCAUUAUCACGGAAUUUGUUGUUAAAAUGCUAUUACUGCGCGAUGAUGAACUAUCGGUCGAUACUUUAUGCAGUGCUAUAGAGUUAUUUAAAGCGGAUGGAGGGGCAUCUGCUGCAUUUCACUUGUGCCGUCUGUUCUCCUCUUACAACAAUUGCCACGGUCGUACAGUUACAUCUAGUGUAUUUCAACGUGUGGUUCACAAUCGUAUUGGGAUGUUUGGUGCCAAAAUGUUAUCUCAGAAGAAGAUGGACAAGCUAAAUGAGAACUACAUCGACGGUGCCAAAUGUGCUUUGAAUUUUGUAGUUGAUGCCAUCACAGAUGGUGAUUUUUCAGGAUUGCGUGGUUGCUGUGAGAGGGGGUUAUAUGAUUUCUUCAAUCAGGGGAUGAACUAUUUAGAGCGCAUUGGUUUGAAGCUCGAUGUUAAAAUUACCGAUAUUAAGGACGUAAAAAUGGAUGUAUUCCUGUUGACCAUUGGCGGCCACCGUGGCGACACUAUCCAAGCUCCUUAUAUUAUGAAGCAAGCUGUUGGUCACCAGAUAUUGGUAUCACUUCCCAAAUCACCGAUUUCUGGUACUGUUGACAUGCUAAAUAGUCGUAAGCAAAACCGUGAGCUUAUUAUGCAAACGUUUGAGAAGGGUGCCAUUGCUAGAAUGGAGGUUUUGCUAAAGGUUCGCCAGGCAUUACGUUUGUUAGACACCGGUGGGAACGUGCUUUGGGAAGACCCUCGUAAACUUAUUACUCACAAGCUAACUCUGGAAUCUGCUAUAUAUGCUCCCUCACGAGAAUCAGAGGGUACAGAUCCUACUGACUGGACGGUGGUGGACGUUAACGGUAUUCUUAACGGCAACCCACCCUUUACAUCCAGUGCUGAAUAGUGUUGUAAUAAUACGAUUGAAUUUGGUGUAACUAGCUAUCAAUUGAUCUU